AUGGCCAUGCAGGUCUCAUUGCGCACCCACCCACUCGUUCUCUGUCUUUCAAUCCAUCAGUCCAACCAGGCAGGAGAAUUCCGUAAGUUCCGUUUCGCUGAGGCAGUUGGGAUUGAAAUGGGAGGGUGCAGAGUCCAAAUGCUGGCGUCGUCGUUGCCGCGACUGGCGCCGAUGGUGAUGAUGGUGAUCGCGUCCCUCUUAUUGCUUGGGGCAGCUGAAGCCGCCGUGGACUGCGCCACGGUGAGAGCGCUCGUGUCGACGUGCUCCGCGUUCAUAGCCUACGGGACGCCGGACCCGUACCCGGGGACGCCGUGCUGCGAUGCCAUGACCACCCUCAACAUGGUGGCGGAGCCCCUGGAGGACCGGCGUGCUGUGUGCUCGUGCCUCAUGGGCCUCAUCAACGCCUACAGCCCGAACGCCACUGCGAUCGCUACCCUUGCCGGGUUCUGCGGGGUCUCUCUCGGGUUCAGCAUCAGCCCGAACACCGACUGCAACUAG